AUGGCUCCUCCCAACCCUUCCCAUCGCCCGCGGAAGAAGAGAAAGUUCGCUUCCUCUUUCGCCGGGUCCAAUGACUCUCUGAUCUUGGAGACGGAUGGGAAGCCUUCGCCUGCCUUUCCUCUAGUUUCUUUUCUAUGGGCUGCGCGGGCCGGUGUUUCCCAAUGGCUUGUUUUACCCCUUAUCUUGAUGGCCGUGGGCCUCUUUCGCUGGGCUGUUAGUCUGUGGGGGUACUCUGGAUUCAAAAUACCUCCGAUGCACGGUGACUUCGAAGCGCAGAGACACUGGAUGGAAUUGACAAUCCACUUACCGAUGUCCAAGUGGUACACGUACGAUCUGCAGUACUGGGGCCUGGAUUACCCGCCAUUGACAGCUUACCAUAGCUGGCUCCUUGGGAAAAUUGGCUCCCUUUUCGAUCCCGCCUGGUUUGCGCUGGACGAAUCCCGUGGCUUCGAAGACCCCCAGUUGAAGGUGUUUAUGCGCGCGACCGUGAUUGUAUCCGAAUACCUCAUCUAUAUCCCCGCCAUCGUCAAUUUCUUGCGUCGCUUGACUCGCAUGCAGGAUGUCCCUGUGUGGUCUGCUUCGAUCGCCCUCGUUGCCAUCCUGCUCCAACCGUCGACCAUACUCAUCGAUCACGGCCACUUUCAGUACAACACCGUGAUGCUGGGACUUGUCGUUGCGAGUCUAGAUGCUAUACUGGCUGGCCGCAUGCUUUGGGCCUGUAUAUUUUUCGUGGGUGCUCUGGGUUUCAAGCAGAUGGCGCUCUAUUAUGCUCCGGUCAUGUUCGCUUUCCUUCUCGGCGUCUGCAUCUUCCCGAAGAUCCGCAUUCUCCGCCUACUUUGCAUCUCCAUCGUCACGCUUGCCGCUUUUGCAGUUCUAUUUGCCCCGCUGUUGGUGGGGGUUGCCAAUGUCGAUGCCCAAAAGGCCGUAGCUUCGCUUCCACAGCCUCCGCUGCUGCAGAAGCUUCCCAUCGCUUUGGAUAAGAGCUCCUUGCUCUACGCGCCCUUGUUCCAGCUGACCCAGAUUAUCCACCGAGUCUUUCCCUUUGCCCGUGGGUUGUUCGAAGACAAGGUCGCGAAUGCUUGGUGUGCUAUUCACACCUUCUACAAGCUUCAUCGAUUUGAGGCGAGUCUUCUUCAGCGAGUGUCUCUUGGCGCCACGCUGGCAUCCAUCUUGGUUCCUUGCGCCAUCGUCUUCCGGCACCCGCGCGCCUCGCUUCUCCUUCCUGCCCUCUCCUGCGUGGCUUGGGGCUUUUUCUUGUUCUCAUUCCAGGUGCACGAAAAGAGCGUCCUGCUGCCUUUGCUCCCCAUGACACUCCUCCUGGCCGGUGACGGAGGACUCACCAAAGAGACCCGGGCGUGGGUGGGAUGGGCCAACAUGCUCGGAUCUUGGACUAUGUAUCCCCUCCUCAAGCGCGACGAACUUCGGGUGCCCUACUUUGUUAUGUCGCUCUUGUGGGCUUAUCUGCUAGGUCUUCCACCGACGUCGAUGGAAAUCUUUCGCACUCGACCCACCUCGGAAGAUUCGGGACCACGCGCCGAACUUCACAUCCUCACCAAGCUUCUUCACUUCUGUUUCUAUCUGGUUAUGAUCGGAUGGCACGUGGUAGAGGCUUUUGUUCCUCCUCCCCCCGGAAAGCCGGAUUUGUGGGUGGUGCUAAACGUUCUCGUCGGUGCCGGAGGGUUUGGUCUUGCAUACCUGUGGUGUUUGACGAAAUUGAUCUCUCAGUGCUGCUUGAUUGAUCGCAAGACGGCGGAAGAGACUCAGAAGAAAAAGCAAUAG